ACUUCUCAUAACCAGCCAACUAUCGUUCUUGAAUUGUUAGCUACAGCGACAAACAAAGAGUUAGCAGAAUAUUUUGAUCGAGCGCUCACUUAUGCAGAUCAACUUUCUGCAGGCGAGAAGUGGGUAGUUCAUUUCACGUGUUGUCUUUGGGUUUCUUUGGCUGGAUCCAAGAUGCAAGGUCUUUGGGUUUCUUUGGCUAGAUCCAAGAUGCAAGGUCUUUGGGUUUCUUCAUCUGGAUCCAAGGUGCAAGGUCUUUGGGUUUCUUCAGCUGGAUUCAAGGUGCAAGGUGGGUCUUUGGUUUCUUCGGCUGGAUCCAAGAUGCAAGGUCUUUGGGUUUCUUCAGCUGGAUCCAAGGUGCAAG